AUGGCAAGCUCGAUCAAGCAGAGGCCGUCUUCCAAGGCGCCGCCUCGCGCACCCCGCAAGGAUGUUCUCGCACCGUUAAAGCUGGCGCAGAUUGAAGUGCUGAAACCUGUGCUUCCUGCUGAAAUUAUGGCCUCAAUCCUUGACUACCUCCCUCCUCUAGACCUUAUAAGUGUGGCGAAGACGUCAAAACGUAUGCAUGAGAUGGUAUACGAUGACACAAGAUGGGUCAGGCUCCUGAGACAAAUAGGCUGCUGGAAUGAGGUGGAAGCAAGAAGUUCCGCGGAAGGCUCAGAGAAGGACGCUGAUCGCCCGCCUAGUAGAAGACCACAGUCCAGGCCUUCAACGGCUAAAGAGGAGAUCCAUAAAUCUAACGGACAUAUAACGGAUUCUAGUGGAUUUGAUGUCGUUGAGUUUAAUGCGGAGGUGGAAGCUGAAAUCACCGGUCCACUUGCAGCUCUCCGAGACGCUCGCUCUAUUCGAGGAAGAGCAAGAGAAGAAUACGGUAAAAUCCAUGAGUCCCUAAACCCUUUCUAUCAAGACAUUGUCAAAACCGAAGGUUCCACCGAUUCUUUAGUUUUCAAGUCUUAUGAUAAACCUGAACAGCAAGCUCUAUUGCUAUCACAGCUACAACAUUUCUCAAAUGCUGAUAUAGGCCUCGGAUCCGGGAUACGCAGGCAAAAGUUGGCUGAUAUUGUAUCUGUCUUUGAAAAGGCUGCUUUACGCGAGUUUAAGCAGGGAUAUGAAAACGGAGACGUUGAUAAUUUAAUGCAGCGAUAUGCCCAUGUCUUGACGACUCUCAACGGUGGCGGAGCUGCCGUUGAAUUACUCAUCCAUCAAAAUCAUAUAAUCACACGGAAAUCGGAUUUUGGGAGUCCAAUGGAUGGUUUUGAUGCAGAUUCAGGCACUGUGUCUCUUGAUCACACUCAUGCUUUCUUAACCAGGCUCAGUGUGGCAUUCAAUGAAGAGGCCUCCUGUAUAAAUCGAUGUUUUGCAAACGGUCCAAACGUAUCAUCCCUUUUCCUGGAGCGGAUGUGUAAAGAUAUAUUAUCGCCAUAUUUUAUUCCGCUGCUCGACCUCCUCCAGUCUACGAAUAAGGCAGCCUAUAUCCAGACAUUACCGGGGACUUUUGCCCAAUCGCUCAACUUCAUUCGCGAGCUGAACCCAAUCCAAGUCUCCAAGGAUCAAUUCGAGGAGCUAGCUCGACAAGCUAUUGAGCGGACCUUCGAACCACAUGUCGACUUGUAUCUCGCUGAAGAAUUGGAUCAGUUCCGAUCACAUUCUGACUCCAUUGUAGGAGAUUGGGAUAGACAGUUAUCCGAGCAAGCUGCCACCACGGAGUCACUAUACAUGUCUAACAUUCACAAUAGGCAGGCUGAUAAGAGGGACUUUCUAAGCUCAUUUACGAAAGUGAUCAUGGCCCCAGUGAAUAUGAUUCCAAGCUUUUAUAAAGCACCGGAAGCUAAGAAGGACGGAACAGAAAAAUUAUCAGCUAAGAGCACACAACCUUCGAAUCGUUCAUCCACUCUCCUUUCGCCUCCCACUCCCGUCACACCAACAGAACUUCCUACCACAGAAUUUGCAGCUAAGGCUGCAAUUAUGAAUUCCAAAUUCGAGGGAAUCCGCAGUCUAUUUAGCAUCGAAGUCGCACUUAACCUGGUUCAUGCUGCUAAGUCAAGCCUGGAGAGGACGGCACAAUUUGUGGGCCUAAAGGGGGAACUAGGAAAAUCUGCACAGGCACAAUGUGAAGCCAUUUUUGUCUCCUUGCUAGACAGUCUUGGUCAUCGCCAUGUCAUUGCUGGCUUUGACCGAGCAGUCAACCACCUUUCUGAGUAUCGCCCUCGUCAGCAAGCCGAACAGGAGAAGUCGGGUGUUGAGCCCCUCGUUACGUUCCUCGAGCUAGUUAAUGUGGGCGACUUAAUUCUACAGAUGGUGGAUGUGUUCUACGAACAGGAACUGAUUGCAGCUGGCUUAACGGAUCGAAGCGACUUCCUUGACCCUGCCGUCAAGGAGAAAAGGAAAUUCGAACAGAAGCUUGAUGAACGGGUUGCCGCAGGACUUAAUAAAGGAAUCGGCGUACUAAUGGACGAGGUGGAAUAUCUAUUAGCUACCAAACAAUCGGUGGGGGAUUUCCACCCUGAAUUAGUCGAUCCAGCCCAGAGAACUUCAGAUAUCGGCCCCAGUGAUGCAGCUAAAGCAGUUGUUCAAGUUAUCUCCUCCCACACGAGAAUGUUGGUUGGUGGAACAGAUAAGAGCACAUUGGAUGUGUUCAACCAGGAGAUUGGCCUCCGCCUUUUUACCGCGCUUUGUAAACAUAUCAAGCGCCAUCGAAUUAGUAUAGAAGGCUCCAUCAAGCUCAUAAGUGAUAUGAAUCACUAUUUUGGGCUUAUACAGUCGAUGAGAAACGCGGAACUCCCACUUUAUUUUAAAGCCUUGAGAGAGCUAUCCCAAGUUUACCUGAUUGACACUGCAGACUCAAAGGAGAUGGCCUCUAUUAUCUCCGAUGCUAGUCGUUUCCAUGGGAUCUUCCGCGCUGAGGAGGCUUACGAAUUUGCUGAACGACGAGCCGAUUGGUAUCAAGUCAAAAACAGCGUCGAGAAGGCCAUGUAUGGCGUAGGAUGCACCGUGAUGUAA